AUGUCCAAGUGGAGACCAGUGAUGAAUGACGUUCCUCGGGGGUCAGGAUUGGGACUGGCACUGUUUAACAUCUGUUGUUGCCCUCCUCUCCCUUGUGGCAGGCUUCUUACUACAGAAGUAGGGAAACGUGAUCAUCCGCUGGCUACUGCUGGGAUAACCGAGCUGCCCCUCAGCUUGAAGGUGGAAGAAUCCUCCACCUGUGCCAGCACCUCCACCGUGCCAACACAUCCGGGAUUAGAAACAAAAACAAUAGAGGAAAAAUCACCCCCCUGGAUCUUAGCCCUGGCCUUUUGCAAGCAAACAGAAGAGGAGCUGUCAGGCUUUGCAUGUCAACUGGGCAGCGGGCUGGAGCUACCGGGGGCGGAGGGCCAGUGGACCCGCUUCCCCAAGUGGAACGCCUGCUGCGAGAGCGAGAUGAGCUUUAACAUGAAGACGCGCAGCUCCAGCGGGCUGGUGCUCUACUUUGACGAUGAGGGCUUCUGCGACUUCCUGGAGCUCAUCCUCACCCAGGGUGGGCGGCUACAGCUCAGCUUCUCCAUCUUCUGUGCCGAGCCCGCUACCCUGCUCUCCGACACGGCAGUCAAUGACAACCUCGCACCCUUCAAGGGCUGGAUAACGGAUGUCCGGGUCAACUACACGCAGGCGUCGCCAGUGGAGAGCCAGGAGGUGCGGCUGGACGACGAGCAGAGCCGCCUGUGCGCCAGGGAGGAUGUCUGCCUCAAUGGGGGUGUCUGCUCGGUGCUCAAUGACCAGGCCGUCUGCGACUGCUCCCAAACAGGCUUUCGGGGGAAGGACUGCAGCGAAGGUAAGGUGGAGGGGGUGGCCGGCAUCGUGCUUGGCCAGAGUUGA